AGUUUUGAGAGGAACUGAAUCUUUGAGUUGGUGGUCACUGGUCUCCGUGCGUUCAGCCUGGUCUGUGCGCGGCGCGCGCCCCCUAACCGGAACUUCCCGUCGCUGUUGAUGAGAGCAGCAGAAGCGAGCCGGCACGGACGGCACCGGGGAAAGAGCCGGUGAAGCAGCGGCCCAACACCCGCAGAGCCAUCAAAUGACGUAUCGGUGUUCGUUCCGACGCGCUGUUCAAUAAGGUCUUUAUUGGACUCAACAUCUCCACGGAGAUUGGUUUUCCGCCCGGACACAUACGUCACUGUGGAACCUAGACGUCAAACAAACGCGACCUGAAGUGAUCUCAGCAUAAACAGAAGAAAGGCGUGAGAACCAGCGAGGAGGUCUCUAUGUGCGUGACAAUGGGAGACAUCAGUGAUCUUGACCGGCAGAUAGAACAGCUCAGAAGAUGUGAGCUGAUCAAGGAGAAUGAAGUCAAAGCACUGUGCGCCAAAGCCAGAGAAAUCCUGGUGGAAGAAAGUAAUGUGCAGAGAGUAGACUCUCCCGUCACUGUUUGUGGUGAUAUUCACGGUCAGUUCUAUGACCUGAAAGAACUCUUCAGGGUGGGGGGUGAUGUCCCAGAGACCAAUUACCUUUUCAUGGGAGACUUUGUAGACCGAGGCUUCUACAGUGUGGAGACUUUCCUUCUGCUGCUCGCCCUCAAGGUGCGUUAUCCAGACAGGAUCACUUUGAUCCGAGGGAACCACGAGUCCAGGCAGAUCACACAGGUCUAUGGCUUCUAUGACGAGUGCCUCCGCAAGUACGGCUCUGUGACGGUGUGGAGAUACUGCACCGAGAUAUUUGACUACCUGUCCCUCUCUGCUAUCAUUGAUGGAAAGAUCUUCUGUGUGCACGGAGGUCUGUCUCCCUCCAUCCAGACUCUGGAUCAGAUCAGGACCAUUGACAGAAAACAGGAAGUGCCUCAUGAUGGACCCAUGUGUGACCUUCUGUGGUCAGACCCUGAAGACACCACCGGGUGGGGAGUCAGUCCCAGAGGGGCUGGAUAUCUGUUUGGGAGCGACGUGGUGGCUCAGUUCAAUGCAGCCAACGACAUUCACAUGAUCUGCCGAGCACACCAGCUGGUCAUGGAGGGCUACAAGUGGCACUUCAACGAGACCGUGCUCACCGUGUGGUCCGCGCCCAACUACUGCUACAGAUGUGGAAACGUCGCCGCCAUCUUGGAGCUGGACGAGCAUCUACAACGAGAGUUCAUCAUAUUUGAAGCAGCGCCGCAGGAGACCCGAGGCAUCCCCUCCAAGAAACCUGUAGCUGACUAUUUCCUGUAAAGCGUCGAGCCAGCAGCCAUAACGCGUCUCCUUUCUAGUUCCACUUCCCCCCACCGCCGCCGCCGCCCUCCUGCUGUUUCCUGACGGUGGUGUCAGUCUGAACUCAAAGCAGUCAGGAGACUGCUGAUUGGUGGAGCAGCCUGAGGGGGCGUGGCUUCAGUUGUCAGCCUGACUCCACCUCUGUCCUCUUCUUUUUUUAUUCAUAACAUUUCUUUUAGGUUCUUUUUGUGUUCAAAAAUAUGCAGCUGUGGAAAAUUUUAUGAUUUUAACAAAUUCCUUUAAUGCAUAUGUUGUCUCUGUAUAGUUAAAGCUGCCAGAUUCCAGUGACACCCCCCCCCAUCUGUCACAUGACUCUGUUUAACAUUCAGAGCUCUGCUGUGAAUAAACGACUCAACAGGAAGCUCCUUCUCACAAACGUUUCGUCACUUCCUUCCUUUUAAUCUGUCUGUCGAUUUUGAUAUUGUGAGAAUAAAGUUUUGUAUCAAUGCUGA